AUGUCUACCUCGCCCCCGAAGACCCCCCCGCUCCACUCCGAACUCACCACCCUCUCGCCUUUACCCACCGACGUCAUCUCUCUCAUCUACGCCUGCUAUCUCGCCCAAGACCCCCUCGCGAGUAGAAGCCAGUUCCUCAACCUCAUCGUACUUUCCAAAGAGAUCUAUUCAGAGAACGCUUGGAGGCUGUAUGAAGCUGUCGAACUCAACGCUCAGAAUCACAAGGCGUUUUUCGACGGAUUGUGGAACGCAGGGGACGUUCAUGUAUGCCAGUCUCAGUCCCCGUGUCCUCCUAACCUUCGAUGCGAGGCCUCUGCCAAGGCACUCGCACGGGAAAUGGAGGUAUACUCUCAUCCCAAGCGAGAGUUGGAACGACCAUCCCACAUCCCAUCCGACUCUGAUAUCCCGUACCCGAAAUACGAGUAUGAAUCCUACAUCCCCUUCCAUCUUCAUCCCGCCAUUCGAAAAGUCCUCCUCAUACGACAAUGCCGCAGGCUCUACAUUGAUACAUGGGGGGCCUUUGCUGGACUGCGAAAGAACAAUCAUUCCGUCCGGGAUGUUGUCACUGCGUGGCCUCGGGGACAUGUCGUCCGUAAUGACGAGGCCUUCGAUUAUACCUGGAUCUCAGACCCCCUAUUCUUUUCCGUCACCCAUCUCUCAUUCGGGGAAAAGGCCAAUUGGAGUUGUCCGUCCAUGCAGUACAAGUGCUUCGGGCCGGCGCUCAAGCAUCUCUGUCUGAGCUUCACCGACGCAUUCUACGAUUUGGAUCGCGAGUACGAGGAGGCAGCCGAAUCAGGGAAUCUAGAUGAGUUUGAGGAAAGAGAGCCAAGGGCGUACAUCACAACGUUGCUCCGAGAGCGACUAUUCUUUGCGCUUAAUUCCGAGGUGGAUGAGAAGACGUCCUUGACGCUACACAACGCGUGGCCCGACGACAUUGAACCUGGGCUGGCGGAUACGAUGAUCUAUGAACUGCCGAGGAGUACGGAGAAUGGCGACGGUGACUGGAAAAGGCAGCUCGCUAUGACGACUUGGGAGAUGGAGGAUUACAUGUUCGAGUUGGAAAAGCGGAUUAGAGAUGGCAGAUGGGGAGCCGAUGUCUGGCGACCUACGAUGAAACCUUGGAAUGUCCGAUUCACCAAUAUGGCGCCCAUCCCAGCCAAUACCGACAUCAUUUCGGCCGUCCUCGAUGAUUAUCCCUUCGGUCAAGAUGAACAUUUCGAUGGGUUGUUCAAGAAGUGGUGGGAAGAAGUCGUCAGCUUUGAGGGAUCAAUGAAGUGCGACUGCUGCGAGAUCUUCAAGAAGGGACACCCCAAAGUGGGCAUGCUUGUGCCUCAUAAGGGAAGACAUGCUGAUUAG